AUGUACUACAAACCCUUUUCACAAACUUAUAAUCUUGGUUGUCGUGAUCAUCAAAAUCUUCGUUAUGGGAAUCAACAACAAGUUGCUCCACACUCUCCACCUGCGAGACCACCUAGUUUCACUUUUCAACAGCAGUCUCAACAGAAUUUUAUACCUAGAACUAUGCAAGCACCACAAGCUACUCAACCACUGAGUACAAAACCCUCUACUAAAGAUUUAAUAAAUGCAAUUGCUACAAAUAUUCUUCAGUUUCAGCAAACUACCCAAGCAUCCAUCAAAAGUUUGGAGAAUCAGGUGGGACAAUUAGCGGCAUCAUAUAACAGGUUGGAAGCUCAUAUUUCUAAUAAAUUGCCUUCACAACUUGAGAAGAAUCCCAAGGAGAAUGUAAGUGUGAUAACAGUGCAAAGUGGUAUACAAUAUGAGCCACCCACACAACCUUCAUCGCCAGCUCCAGUGCAAAAGAAAGUAGUAGACGACUCCAUCCAUGAGGAACCAUCAAUGCAGAAAAAGUCACAUAAAUCAACUAUGCCAACCUAUGUCCCUCGUUUUCCUUUUCCAAGAAGAUUGAAAAAGUUUAAGAAAGAUGAAGCUGACAAGGAAAUUCUUGAGACUUUUCUCAAAGUUGAGGAGUUGUGCACAAAUAAGUAUAAAUUGAAGGGUGAUGAAAAGAUAAGUGUGGGGGAGAAUGUCUCUGUUGUUCUCCAAAAGAAGCUGCCACCAAAAUGCAAGGAUCCUGGAACCUUUACAAUUCCUUAUAUGAUUGAGAAUAAAAGGAUUAAGCAGCGUAUGAUAGAUUUGGGAGCAUCAAUUAAUGUCAUGUCAUAUUCAUCAUAUGCUUCUCUAAAUCUUGGGCCACUAAAGGAGACAGGAGUUAUUGUUCAACUGGUCGAUCGCACUAAUGCUUAUCCUUUAGGGGUAGUUGAAGAUGUGCUGGUAAAGGUUGAUGGACUUGUCUUUCCAGCAGAUUUCUAUAUACUUGAAAUGGGGGAUGCAUCAAUACCCAAUCCAACACCGUUUUAUUUGGGAGGCCAUUCUUAA